AUGUCAGAGCUCAUCAAUGAACGUACUGAGGAACCUGAUCAAGUUGCUGAAGCCUAUGACGAUGACGAACAAGGCAGCAGAAAGGAUCCUAGUAAUAAAUGGCUCCGCACCCGGAAAGGAGACGUCAUUGGUGACACAGCUAAGAGACAGAGAGUCCUCAAGAAAGUCCAGGACACGUGGGAUGGUACUCCUAAAUAUGAGGAUGAGGAAAGAAAGCCCAAGAAGAAGGUAGCAUGUUUUUUGAGCUACUGUGGAACUGGCUACCAUGGCAUGCAGAUGAACCCUCCCGCUAAGACCAUUGAGGGUGAUUUAUUUGAUGCUUUUGUGAAGGCAGGGGCAAUAUCAAAGAACAAUUCUAACGACUUGAAAAAGAGCAGUUUUAUGAGAGCUGCCCGUACCGAUAAAGGUGUGCAUGCUGCUGGAAAUGUGAUUUCUCUAAAGCUUAUCAUUGAGGAUCCAAACUUGGUUGAGAAAAUCAACAGCUAUCUUCCCGAACAAAUUCGGUUUUGGGGCUAUGAGCGGGUCAAUAAGUCUUUUGACUGUCGCAAAGUGUGUUCCUCAAGAAUUUAUGAGUACCUAAUGCCAACGUACUCAUUCCUUCCUCCAAAACCAAGCAGUCCCCUUGCAACCCAAAUUCUUGAGGCUGAGAAGGAAUUUCCGGGUACGACGAGAAAAGACCCACAAGGUGAGAAAUUCUGGGAGGAGGUGAAUAUUGAGCUCGAGAAGGCUGGCAUUACAGAGGACCAAAUGGCGCAGAUUAGAGAGGCAAAUAGAGAAGGAAUCCAGUUGACUGUUCCGCUUGAACUCGCAGACAAGAAAUCCAGAGAAAUCAUGAAUGCAGCCCGCAAGCGGUAUAAAAUUUCUGCUGAGAAGCUGGAUCUACUGAGAGACGCUCUGAAAAUCUAUCUUGGAUCGCACAAUUUCCACAAUUUCACCAACGGGAAGGAUUACAAAGACCCGUCUGCGAUUAGAUUCAUGAAGAAUAUCACCGUGAGCGACCCUAUUGUGGUGAACGACCAGGAAUGGGUGUCUAUCAAGAUCCACGGUCAAUCAUUCAUGCUCCACCAAAUUCGUAAGAUGAUUGCUAUGGCUACGCUUGUUGUGAGAACAGGCUGUCCGUUGGCCAGAAUAGAGGAGGCUUUUGGCCCCGAGAAGGUCAACAUUCCUAAGGCGCCAGCUUUGGGACUUUUGCUCGAGCAGCCAGUAUACGAGAGCUACAAUGCCAAGCUCGAGAAGUUCGGAUACAACCCGCUUUCUUUUGAUAAGUUUGCUGCAGAAAUCGAUGAAUUCAAGCGCAAACAUAUCUACGACAAAAUUUACGCCGAAGAGGAGCGCGACAACGUCUUUUACGGGUUCUUUGGCUUUAUCGAUGGAUUUGCUGGAUACGACGAUCAGAAUGGUACCCCGAUAUUCAAUUUCCUGACUGCCAGAGGUAUUCCAAAAAAGGAAGUCAAACAGGAAUAA